UAACAGGAAGUGCGACAGCCAGACGAGAGUAUAAACCUGCCAGGAGCGGCCGCUCAUUUCUGCAGGCGCCGGCUCAGCUUGUCCUCUCACAGUUGGCUAUGUGGUCUCGGGGGCUUUUUAGAGUGCACUGUCUCUGGCUGUCAUACCUGCUCUUGUUGUAUGAAGGUGGUCAGUGCCAACCCACUCUGUCCCUAAAGCAGGAAGGUGAAGACAUCUUUGAAGGCGACUCGGUGACCUUUGACUGCCAGGCCAAUGAUUCUGAUACUUGGGAGUAUUUGUGGUACAAAGAUGGAAGGAUCUUUCAUGAGGACUGGCAUAACAGCAGGACUCAAAUGAUGAAGAGAGUCACCGUCACCGACAAGGGGGCAUAUCGUUGUUACACAAGGAGGAAGGCUGAUAAAAGUGAGGCAUUAUACAGCAACCCUGUUCAACUGCACGUGUCCGAACUCUUUUCGUCUCCCACUCUCUCAGUCACGCCGUUGAACCCGGUCUGGGUUACAGAAUUCAUCUCACUGCAGUGUCACGUUCACCUAACCAACAAGACCAAAGACACUGCCCUCCAGUACCGCUUUGUCAGAAAUAACACUACAUUGACAAUUAGGGACCUGGGACAGCACAACAUCAAAUGGGCCUCACUGGAGGAUGCUGGGAAUUACUACUGUGAGGUGGUGGCUGACAGAAACGGCUUUUCAAAAAGAAGCAGCGCUGUCUACGUCCAGGUGAAAGCUGGAAAACCAAAACCUCGUCUGUCAGUCAGUCCUUCCUGGACUCGUUUUUACAUCGGAGAAGCUAUGAACCUCACUUGCCGAACAGAAGACAUCUCCUCUGGAUGGUCCUAUUCUUGGUACAAAGACAAUCAAGAAGCUUCACUUGACCUCGUCAUCGACACUACUGAUGACGGAGCCGUGUACGCUCUCAGACGGUUGACUGGGUCUCACAGUGGCGAGUAUCGUUGUCGAGCUGCAAGGGGCAACCCGCUGUUUCAUUCAGAUUUCAGUGAUCCACUUGUGUUGCUCAUAUCAGAUCCCCCAAUGGCCAGUUUGACUAUAGUGCCACAGCAGACCACAUUUGAUACCGGAGAAGCAGUAUCUCUGUAUUGUAUGGUGGAGGGUAGUCCUGAUAAGUGGCUGUAUUACUGGUACAAGGGAAACACGACGUCUCAGAUCUCACAGCUUCAGACUCGGAGCCAGAAAGGAAAGAACUACACGGUGACAUCGGCCGCCUUGUCUGACAGUGGAGAGUACUGGUGCCGAGCCUCCAGAGAAGAUCAGUCAUCGUACUCAAGAUUCAGUCAGCCUGUCCAGCUACACGUGUACGAGCGUCCAGCGGCGGUGCUUUCACUGACGAUGGGCUGGACGCAAAUGUUUAUAACAGAAGCCGUGACUUUUGAGUGUAACAUCACCGGCAAGUACAGCAAAUGGCACUACAAAUGGUACAAAGAUAGAAAAGUGAUUAACAGCAGUGCAAACAACCAACUCACAAUUGGCUCCGCAGCCGAAUCUGACACCGGCUCCUAUACCUGUCAAGGGGAAAGAGCGGAGAAUCCAACCAAGUCCCAAAUCAGUGAGGCACGCAACAUUACUGUGUCUGUGUCUCUACCAAGGCUGAGCCUCACUUCACCAGAGACAAACGCCUAUGAAGGAGAAAACUUCACUCUGACCUGUGAGGUUAAGGGUGGCACACAGGGAUGGAAAUAUGAUUUCUUUAAAGGCUCCCAACAUGACGUUCUAAAACGUGACAGCAAACUGAAUGUCCACACAAUCCAGGAGGCGACUGUCUCAGACAGCGACACCUACUGGUGCCAAGCAAGAAGAGGCCCAGCGCAACUGAAAUUGAACUUCAGCAAUGCUCUGACAUUAAAGGUCCAAGAGCGACCCAGAGCUGAGAUCACAUCAGUGCAGGGCUGGAGUGACGUAUUCAGAAACGAGAAACUCAUCCUGCAGUGUACCGGUGACAAGAAAUACAACAAUUGGCGCUACCGGUGGUACAAGAACGGUGAGGAGCUUCAAGAAGGACAAGGAAACGGGGUGGCAAAAGGCAACACAUGGGCCAUUGACCUGAUUAACGAGUCACAUGGAGGAACGUAUGUCUGCAAAGGUGAAAGGUCAAGCAGACCAACGUACACCCAGAGGAGCAAACCAUUCAACGUGACAGUGAGAGAGAAGCCCCCAAACACAGCUCUCAUCCUGAAGCCCCAACAGACCCCAAUAUUUGAAGGUGACAUGGUGACCCUGAGCUGUGAGGUAGACGACAGCCCUGCAGCAGGAUGGAGGUUUUGGUGGUUCACUAACAGCAAUAAGUCCUCCAUUCCUACCAUCUGCAAGAAUGGAAGCCAGGAGUCAAAGUGCACAAUCCAGUCUGUUACUCUGUCCUACACAGCGGAGUACUGGUGUCAAGCCGGAAGAGGGGAGCCUCCAUUUUAUUUGAACUCCAGCCGGCCUGUGGUGCUCCAGGUACACGUGGCAUUUGAUGAGCCCGUCCUGUUGCUGCUCACCCAGUGGUCAGUAUGGAUUGGAGAGCCCAUCUCUCUGCACUGCAAGACUCAAUUGAAGAACAUGGCACUGAGGGGACACCUUCAGUAUCGCUUUUACAGAAACGGGACAGUUUGGACACAGCCGGGGUCCCAGGACACUUUGACCAUCUCAUCAGCUGAAAUCAGCGACACGGGGCUUUAUAGCUGUGAAGUGGAGGCCACGGGCACCAAUGUGAAAAAACAAAGUGGCACCAUCAACGUGAGAGUGACAGAUCGACCAAAGCUUUUCCUCACAAUGAGACCCUCAUGGCAGGUGGUCUACUAUGGAGAGACUGUGACCCUCUACUGCCAGAUGAAUAUAGAUAUCCCUGGACUGCAGUACCAAUGGUAUAAAGAUGGCGAGAGACUGCAAGCACCUUAUGCUGUUGGCCACAAACUGGAGAGCAACAUCUGCACCAUUAGCGCCAUCGUGUGGUCUGACCAGGGUGAAUACAAGUGCCAGGCCCACACGGGAAAGCCAUCUGUUCAGUUGUACACCAGCAGGCCUCUCCUUUUAAAUAUCACUGAGCACCCAGAGGUUUCCUUUCUGCAAUGGCCGACAUGGACUGUCCUGUUUGCAGGAGACACAGUUACACUCAACUGCAGAGUAAACGGAAAUCCUCUAUUUAAGAAAUUCUGGUGGUUCAUGGCAACAGCAAACCAUCUGAGGCAAAAUCUGUCCUGUGAAAACAUCCCAAGCUGUUCAGUGACAUUUUCAGACAAGAACCAGAGCGGUCUGUACUGGUGUGAGACGGAAUGGGGAGAGAAACGUAGCAAAGCGGUCAGCUUCACCGUCACGGCCGACAUGGUGGCUCUGCAGACUCCUCCACUGCCACUCACAGAAGGUGACAACGUGACUCUGGAGUGCCGCACUCAGUACUUGACAAGCUACACGACUAAGGUGUAUCAUGAAGACCAAGAGAGGCAGCCAUCCGUAUGGUACACUCGGGUCAAGAAGGAGCACGAAGGACGAUACAAGUGUGUCGUGUUCUCUGGUGAGACUCUGAAGGCUUCAUCUGAGGAGGUCAACAUCACGGUCAGAGAUUUCUUCUCCAGUGUUAUGCUUACCAGCGUACAAGGGCUGUCAGUGAAGAAAGGAGAGAUGGUUAAACUGACCUGUGAAGUGAAGAAUAACAGCUUACAGAAAUUACCAGUCCAUUACAGCUUUCUGAAAGAUGGCAUGGUGUUGUCGGAGGGGGAGAACAUCACUUACACCAUCAUGAAGAUGAACGAGAGCCAUGCUGGCAACUACACGUGUGUCGCAUCCAUAGAGCAUGACAUACGAAAGGAGAGUGUGCUUCAGAAGAUCUGCAUUGCAAAACCCUGGUGGCCUAUGGUAGCCUUUGCCGGUGGGAGCGUCCUGGUGGUUCUUCUCAUCUUUCUGGUCUCAGUAUGGUGUGUCAAGAGAUACAAGGCAUCAGAAAAACUUGAAGUGGAGGAGACUACGUAUGCCAUUAUCGAAGGGCUGAAAACAACAAAAGAGGAAACUUCACCUGCUGGAAAUGAAGCAACAAACUCUGUUGGUCAGCAACUACAGAAUCAAGAUGCCAGUGUGUCAGCUGGGAAUGGAGGACUGUACUCUGUCAUCAGUAGAAAAAGGAAAACUGGCUUUUCGCAGAAAAUGAACGUCGAGCCUGCUUACGCACUAAUCAACCUGAUGAGACGAAAGCGAGACAGAUCAUCGGAGUCCGGAGACGCAGACCCCAACUCACCUCCCUAUUUAAAUGAACGUAGAGGUCAGCCUGCGGUGGCCGGAGCCGAGAUUGUCUACUCUACUGUCAGCGGGAACACAUCCGGUGUUUCCGGUUCAUCAAACGACUAUUACACAGAAAUCGACUUGCAGCCACAUGGCAGCGCUGCGAUCAAGACCUCUCCAUUCCACAAAGUGAGGCACAACUCCAGGAUGUCCAAACGGAAGAAGAGCCUACGGCGCACAAUGUCGGAGCAUCACUAUGAAGAAAUAUAGCCAACCUCAUCAAGGGAAGACCACCCCAGAAAGGACCUCCGUGUGUAAAACCUCAGCCCUCGUUUCCCAUCGUGGCACUUGGCGAAUGACGACAUGGAGGUUGUGUGGUUUUUGGAGGGACAGCAGACCAGAACGAUUGCAUUGUAAGUUAAUGGACCACGUUGGGUGAACAGUUGUGGUGUUGUAAAGGACAGCCAGACAUCAGCACAACUCUUUUAAUGAUGAAGAUGGAACACAACACGUCCUGCAGCCAAGGCACAUGGGGGCCUUCGGGCACAGCCUCCAUUUUCUCCUGAAAGGACAGCCCAGGCUCCCCUAAGUGAACAAAAUGGAAAUUCUGAACAGCAAAGGAGAGAAGCCGAAGCUUCACAGCAGUGGUCCACUUCACUCGAUGGCGGUGGGCUUCCUGAUUUUUAUAAGGAGUCAGUGCGGCUCUUUGGAGCAACAACAGAACCUUCAAGGGUUCAUUGGACCUGACAGCGCGGCAGUUUGGAACGGAGUUGUGAGAGUUUUAUUCAUAGGUGUAUCUUCUUCUUCUUCUACUUCCUCUUUUUCUUUCAGCUGAUCAUCUUUUUAUAUUUAUGUAAAAUACACACACACAAUUUUAAACGUUUGACCCCUAGGGUUCCCCACCUCUUCAGAAAGCAUUGUAGUAGAACUCAUGUCAGUCGAUGGGCAUACAGCAGUGUGGGCCGGCAGGUGAGCCUAUUGGUGAUUGAUAAAGAUGGGCUUUGGCAAUUUUGGGGGCUUCUUUGGGGAAAAAAAAUCUGGUGGCAUUUAGGUGACCCUCCUACUGUCUUCAAGUGCUGACGCCAUCAAUGGUCUUCUGAUGACCCAAUUUUGACCCCAUGGAUGUCCGAUGUUUCAACCCACAACCGUUUUACGAGAAGUCAAUUGGGGUCCAGACGUUUGUGAUUGAUUUGUUGGGGUUGGCCGUAGUCGUUCACAUGUGGCCAUCAUCAGCGAUACGCUCUUCAAGACGAUUUCUGAACGCUCACAUGACUCGUUCCACCAUUUCAAGGGCUGCGAUUCGGUGGUGAAAGGCGUCCUGGAGGGCUUCAAGGUUUUGAGGUCGGUGUGUGUAGACCUUUGACUUGAGAAGAAAUCGCAGGGAGCGAGAUCAGGAGAGCGUGAAGCCCACCCGACAUUGCCAUGCAGGGAGAUCAGCUUCACUUAGAGCAUCUCCUGCAAAACGUGCAUGGAUCUCCGCGCAGGCCGUGUGAGCUGUCGCUCGAUCCUGUUGACACCAGGUGUCCAGCACAUCCAUUACUUCCAGUUCUCUAGCAUUUCAAUGUCACGUUCUGAAGUGAUGGUGACCAUUGCUCCUCCCUCCUCCCACAAUGCCAAAUUCUGAAAUGGCGUCCCAAACUGUAACACCUGGUCUCUGAUGAAGUUCAUGAGGGUCGGUUUCAACCCAAUAGCCAAAGUUUUGCUUAUUUACACAACCAUUCAAACGGAAAGGUGCCUCGUCACUGAUGUCACGUGACAAUGGCACCCUGAUGAACGGUUUGCUGAAUGUUGGCACACAACUCUCUACAGCUCUCCCAGUCUCUCUCAGUGAGUUCCUGCACUGCCACCAUUUUGUUUGGAUGUAAAUUAAGGUUCUUGUGCAAAACCCAUGUUAGAAAUGCCUGAAGGCAGAAGUGUGCUGAGCGUCUGGCAGACUGCAAAAUGGACGCCCUUACAGCUUGGAUGUUUUCAGGCGUUUGUACAGUCUUGAGGACGGCCUGGAGAUUUUCUGUUUAAUGUUGGACCCAUCUGUCUAAACUUUGCCACCCACUGAAGAACUGUUUUUCGCUGAAUGCUGAAGUGCGUCCGGAAGGCGAGUUGCGUAGUGAUGAUGGAUUCGGCGUUUUUGAAGAACACGUCGACAAAAAAAAAGCAACAGUGCGCACCGGACCAAGGCGUGUGGCCGACUGAAAACUACAAGGGAUUGCCUAUCCAAGGACCCCCAGCCACCCCAACCCACUCAGCCGGCUCUAACCUCAAGCAAUGACCUUAAGAAAUGGGGUGUACCUCAUUUUGGCUCACCCUGUACAAGACAACAACUAACAAUUGUGACGUGAAAUGAAGCUUCCAUACAUACUGUACGUUUGCAAUGAAGCAUGACAUUACGUCCAUCAGAACGCUUCAGUGACUGGCUGAUGAAAUCCGGCAAACCAGCUCAAUACGGGCGUAGAGCAAUGGAGGGUCUCCAGGGAGAGCUUACAAAAGUGAACCAGUGAGUGUGCGUCACUUGAUGCUCAUCUGACGCACAUUCAAGGGUAAAAUUACCAUACAUACAUCAAAGGACAAGUGUCUGUGUAUCUGUGUGUCCAUCCGGUUUCUAUGGCUGUCAUUCCAACAGAUGGCGCACCACAGACAUCCACCGUAAGAAAAGGACAAGUGUCUGUGCACCUGUGUGUGAAUCUGGCUGCCAAGUCUUUGUCUUUCCAACAGAGGGAGCGUCACAAAC